AGCUAGAAAUCGUUUACAGUUUCAUUCUUUUCGUUCCAGAAUUGAUUCUCUUACCUCCUGUUUGGUUGCCGAGAAAAUGAACGAUUACGACGGAAAAUGUGAGAUUUCUCGGAUCUUUAAUUUGCUGUUGUUACAACAAGCUUGACCCUACGAAUGUGAAAACUUUAUUCUCAUGCUUGAUAAUUUCGACAAUCACUGUAAUGGAGAUUUCUGCUUGGAAUUUUAUUUAUUUUAUUCGCAAUUAAUUAAACAGAUUUGCAUGCUAGGAUUUAUUUGGUACAAGAUCAAGGCACGGAUCGCACAUUUUCUUUUAACUUUUUUUAUAGUCAGAUUGCAUUUCGGAACUUGCGUUGCGAAUUUUAUGAAUAUUUAUGAGAUGAAUAGAUUCGGCAUUAUAUCAUCGUGUGCAGAGAUAUUGAUUCGAUCGAGCAAUUGAAGCACUUGGGUCAUAUGAGGUUCUUACUUGGUUGGAUUGGUCCCCAAGCCCUUGAUUCGGAUGUACAGAUUUUUCCAGUUCUUUCAAAGAAUCGAUCGUCAUUUGCUGAAUUCACAGAGGUGGAUUGGGGGAGGCUGAAUUUUACGAGUGGAGGAAGUUGUCGGUUUGGGGUUUCGAGUUUGGGGAAGAACAAAGGAGAAGGGGAGCAUAUGCUAUGGGGCAAAGAGGGGAGUAUAUAGCACUCAAGUUCCGGAUUUACGAUGGGACAGAUAUAGGAAUCAAUACUUAUGCACCAUCUAUGACAGUAUCAUCUCUUAAGAAAAGGCUACUUGCUGAGUGGCCUCAAGCAAAAACAGUGACACCGAAGUCAGUAGACGAAGUAAAAAUCAUACAUGGUGGCAAAGUUUUAGAGAAUAGCAAGACACUUGCUGAUUCCAGAAUAACCGCCGGUAACCAGACCGGUGAGGCUGUGAUCAUGCAUGCAGUAGUACAGCCUCUUGUACCCAAAAACAAAAAGACAGGAAAAAAACAGAAAGAUAUGCAAAAGAUGAAUUCAUGCUCCUGCACCCUCCUUUAAUCUGGGAAGCAGGCUCUCUGCGGCUUCGAUUGCAGCGGAUGGAUCGCGUUCGGUUUUCUCAAUUUUUUGUAAUUUUUUCCUUCAUAUUUGAUGCAAGUGCAGUGUGAAAAUUUCAUUCACAUCUGUAGUCAUCCAGUUAAAGUUGCCUUUGUUACCUGAAGUUAUUGCUCGGCUUGUGUCAAACGCGUGUUACCAUUUCACGUGUUAUCGUGUGGCAAUUUUAUCGUGUGGCAUUUUGUUA